GUCUUUUUCUGUUACUGCCCGAGAGUGGGCUCUGGGGGUGGUUAGAGGUCUGUAGUAGGAUGGCCGUAGUGAGCGAUAUGCCCUAACUGUGCAGAGAGUCCAGGGGCUGUGAAUGAGGGUAAAGGAAUUGUUCGAGGAGCUGAAGCAUGUUGGAUUUGUGAUCCCCGCCUCUAUGGUAAACUGGAAUAUUAAACAGCAAGUGGAUUGACCGUGGGAGGUGACCACUGGGAGGACAAACUUGUGGCUGAGAAGAGGAACCGAGGUGGAAAGUGAGCAGUGCGUGUGUGAAGAUGUUUCUGAACUCUUUCCUGGUGGUCAUAACUGACCUGGCAGCUGGUCUCCUUGGUCAUGCCUCAAUUCGCCGCCAUUUUCAUUUGUUGAUGUCGGGCCUUGUCAUAUUUGGACCUGCACUGAGCAUGUGGGUCUCCCCAUAUAGUGUUUUUGCAAAGAAGACACAUUUCCUAUACAGAAUGUUUCUGCGGUCAGCAUUGGGAUGGACCUGUGUGUUUGUGGGUUCCUUCGUCUUCCUCCUCUCCUUCUCCGUCCGCCGCUCCCUCACCCUCUCCCUGCGCCACCUCUCACGGCUGGCCGUGGCUGGAGGCCUGUGGCAGGGCUUCCGGAGAGUUCUGAGCGUGCUGGAGAACACCACUGGUAGCUGCUACGAGCUCCUCAGCGAGCCCCUGGAGGGUAAGACGGCAGCGGCGCCGGGGGACAGCGCCCAACCUCUGCUGCUGCUGCGGGAGGGGGAGAGCAAGGCGGCCUGCCUGAACGCGGGCAUGCUGUGGCGUGGCUACGAGGUCUCGGAGGACACCUUCCUGCUGUGCCUGUGCUGCCUGCUGCUGGCCGAGGAGAUGGCCGUGUUCGGGCCCUACCUGAGACUGGGCGGACCCUCGGGCGGGCCGAUGCGCAUCAUCUUUCUCCUCUGCGUGCUGCUGCUCAGCCUCUGGAUCUUCUUGCUCCUAUGCCUGCUGGCCUACUUCCCCCUGUUCCCCACCCAGCUGCUGGGGGGGGCCCUGGGGUGCCUGAGCUGGCGGGCACUCUACCAGGGCUGGUAUCGGCUCGGGCCCAGUUGGUACUGCCCAGGAAGGCCAGGCGUGGGACUGCUGACCACUGAGAAGAAAGAUGAGGAUGGGAAGCCUGUGGAGCCAGAGCAAGCAAACAAUGCAACGCUCAAAUAGAACUGUACAACUUAUUAACUGAUGGCCCACUUCGAUUGUCAAGCCAGUGGUACAAUAAAGCUGCUAUGUCCACUGUAUUUUGAACUGGUUUGUUCCGUUGUUGGUCUUGGGUAAAUGCUUGGUAAUGAAAGCGAUACGACUAUCAACACCUAGGAUGUACCAACAGUAAAUUAAUAUGCCAUGGUCUUUUGACAUUAGGAAGAAGGGCAAUGUAUUCAGAUGACAGCGACUCAGCAAAAUGGCAUGUCUGCAGCAUCACCGAGUGAUCAACAGCUGAAACUGUACAUAUGCUGAGGGUUUUACAGCUUACAACCUACAAUCUAUUGUGCCUGAACAGCCUAGCUAAUCACUACAGCCCCUAUCAAAUAAGCACAGAGUUGCUUUGUAAAGAGUGCAUAGCCAUGUCACUUCACUAAUUUCUCUUGGUUCAAUUUUGAUCCGUAUGCAUGCUAAGGAAAUGAACAGCCAUUAUGGAGAUAUAUUUUCA